AUAGACAUAUACAAGCAUAGUUUACCACAUCCGGCAAAUGGGGCAAUCUCAAUCUGCCACUGCACCACAGCGUGAUCUUACGAAAGAAGAUGAUUGUAACGCUUUGCUUUACGAUGCUCUAAAGAAGGAAAAGACUAGCGAUGUGGUUAAACUCUGUCGAGACCGUAAAAUGUAUCCAGAUGGUCCAUUGCACGUCCUAACCAUACACCAUGACACAGUCCUUCAUAUGGCUGUAUACACUGUGCAAGCCGACUUAGUAAUUAAAUUGCUAGGGUUGUUGACUGCAACUGAUCACGGCAAUUUGACCCGUCAAAAUGCUGUUGGAAACACAAUCCUCCAUGAGGCAACCGCUUUCAACAAAUUAGUCCCGGCUGCACAGAAAAUGCUAGAAAUGGCGCCCGGGUUGUUGAUUAUCACCAACCAAUUUGGAGAGACGGCUCUUUUUCGUGCAGCUCGCUAUGGAAAAUUUGAGAUGUUCCUAUUUCUUGAUAGGGAAGUUCGUCGAAGUUGCCUAAGUGAAGAAGAGCGCAAGGCAUUUUAUCAGAAGCCGACCAACAAUAACACUGUCCUUCACACUGCGAUUGUCUCGGGGCAUUUUAAAUUGGCCCUUAAAAUUGCAAGAACGUAUGAAUAUUUAGUCGGUGAAAGAGACGAAGAUGGGAUGACUCCUCUUCACCAUCUUGCACGUCAUUCAUCAGCAUUUCAGGGCAGGAAUGCAGGAUAUUUCAAACGUCUUAUCUACAAAUGUGUCUCAGAAGAUGCUACUCCUAUAAUACAAGAAGGCAAAGAUGCAACGGGUUGGAGAGUGCCUUUGUGGGAAAAUAUUAAGAACGAAAAGCUGAAAUAUCAUAUGGCUAUGAAACUUGCUAAAUUCUUAGUUAUGAAAGAUACCACAUCAUGGAAGAAUACUAAACCAGUGGAAGUGUCAUCCCGAUAUAAAGUCCAGGAUGAUAAGACCCAAAGUGAUGGAAAGGGGGCAUCAUCAGCUCCCAAGGUCGAAGAAACAAAGAUUAUUGUGCAGAAAGAAGAACCGAAAAGAAUUCCCGAAACACCAUUGUUUUUGGCAACCAAGGCAGGCUGUGUGGACAUUGUUGAGGAUAUACUCCACUGGUACCCUCAAGCAGUUGAGCAUAUUGAUGACAGUGGGUGCACCAUUUUACAUAUAGCCAUCAAGUACCGCCAAUUAGAGAUCUUUAAUAUGGUGGAGAAAAUGGGAACUCUAAUUAAGAAGCUGGUACAAAAGACAGACAACGAUUCGAAUUCCAUUCUACACAUGGUUGGAGAGAAGACUGAAUACACGGUUGAACAGAUCAAACUAACACAAGAAAGUAGCAAGAAUUUGGAUUCCAAUCAGGGCAAGGCCGGAGAUGAUAAAGAAGAUCAUACACUCAAAGAAACAAAUCAAAACCUUGUUCUCCAAUUGCAAGAGGAUUUGCUCUUAUUUGAGCGAGUAAAGAAACACUGCUCAGAGCAUUUCUUCAACAAUGUCAACUCUAAAGGGCAAACUGCAGAACAAUUAUUUGCUCUCAAGACUGAAAAACUUCACACAGAGGCCAAAGAAUGGUUAAAGCGUACAUCAGAAAAUAGUUCCAUUGUUGCUGUGCUCAUUGCCACUGUUGCCUUUGCCGCGGCAUACACAGUACCCGGAGGUUCAAAUGGUACAACAGGCGUUCCAAUACUUCUCAGCAAACCUUUGUUUGUUAUCUUUACCAUCACUGAUGUCCUUUCCCUUACAUGCACUUUAACUUCAUUAGUUAUAUUUUUGUCAAUCCUCACUUCGACUUUUCGUUUAAGAGACUUUAAGCACUCUCUUCCACAGAAACUAAUGUUAGGAUUCACAUUUUUGCUCCUAUCGGUAUCAAUGAUGAUGUUGUCAUUUGCAGCCACCAUCGCCCUUAUGAUACGUAACAAGGAACAGUGGACAAAAAUUUCCUUGUACACCGUCGCAUUCCUUCCUGUCACUGUCUUUGUUUUAUCAUACUUGCCUCUCUAUCUAUCCUCCUUGAAAACUUUCAAGUACAUCAUCAAGAUGAUAGAACCUGCUUUCCCUCGGUACACUGGUUUUAUUGGUAAAUCCAAAACCAAAUUUUUGAGUUUUAUUGGUAAAUCCAAAACAGAAGUUCCCCACCACCUUUCUCGUGUUUGAAAAGCCGAGUGAAGAUGACCUCAUUAGGUUUAGUACUCUCGAUCUUCUCAACACCUUGCCAACCAUUUUUUUCAGAAAUUGUGAGCUUGUGUGAUUAUUAUUGUUGGAGUGAUUAUUAGUACUGUUUUCUUUUUCUAUUUUUUUUUUUAAGAAUUGUCGCAAAUAAUUUGUUUUAAUUACAGUUCUGACUGAUUCCUAAGAUUUCAGGAUUUCUAUUAUGUACACUUUGAUAUUAUAAAAGUACUGGUUU